ACGCAGAAAGUCUGCAGCUGCAGCCGGUGUAACAGCUCUGAUUGGGUUCAAUUCACAGGGACUCUGAUCUGCAUCAGCACUCUGUGUAAAUGAGGCUUCAGAAAGGCAGCCUUCAAACAUUAUGAGACGACUACCUGGCAUGUGCUGUGCGCCUACCACUACCUGAACAUCCUCAGAGCUACUCCCAGGUGUGCUAAGUUGAGCCUGAUUAGCCCACAAACAUAACAGCUCUGUCUGACAGCAUUGGAUCUCCACCAUUGCGUGUUAUUGUGUUCGCUGGGUCAGCAUGGCCCAGCUAGUCCUGUUAACAGCUUUGCUAAUUGCCCAUUUUGCUGCAGCAAAAUGGUAUUUUAGCGGUGAGCCUGGAUGUUAUCAGCCUGUGCCAAGAAAACCUAAUUUUGGAGUCAAAACAGCGCCUCGUCCUCAUGACUUCUUGAAUCUUGCUCAGUUGCCAAAGUCCUGGGACUGGAGGGAUGUAAACGGCAUCAACUAUGCGAGUACGACUCGGAACCAACACAUCCCUCAGUUCUGUGGCUCCUGCUGGGCAUUUGGUAGCACCAGUGCGAUGGCUGAUCGCAUCAACGUCAAGCGAAGAGGAAAGUGGCCAUCUGCUUAUUUGUCGGUCCAACAUGUGAUCGACUGCUCGAAGUCUGGCACCUGUCAUGGAGGAGACCAUGCAGGGGUGUGGGAGUAUGCCCACAAUUAUGGGAUUCCCGAUGAGACUUGUAACAACUACCAGGCAGUUGACCAAGAAUGCUACCCUUUCAAUAAGUGUGGCACUUGCACUAUUUCUGGGGGGUGCCACGCUGUGCAGAACUACACAUUAUGGAAGGUGGGUGACUUUGGAGCCAUUAGUGGGAGGAUUAACAUGAUGGCAGAGAUCUAUGCAGGAGGACCAAUCAGCUGUGGAAUCAUGUCCACUGAGAAACUGGCUGAGUACACCGGAGGUUUGUUCUCGGAGUAUGUCGAGAUUCCCUCCAUUAACCACAUCGUGUCAGUGGCAGGCUGGGGAGUUGAAAAUGGCACAGAAUAUUGGAUUGUGCGUAAUUCCUGGGGUGAGCCAUGGGGUGAGAAGGGUUGGGCCAGAAUUGUCACCAGUGCUUUUAAAGGUGGAAGUGGAUAUUUGUACAAUCUUGGCUUGGAGGAGGACUGUGUUUUUGGAGAUAUGAUAAUUCCAUCAAACCACUAAUGGACUGUUGGGAUGUUUAGGUCAUCACCUGUAACUGUCUGACGUUGGUGUAGGAAAAUAAAUAUUUUAACUGACUCGUACACUAAAACUGUUGCAGCUGCAUUUAUGUUUUAGGGAAAGUCUGUACAUUCCUCUGUUGGAAGAAAUGGUUUUAUACAACAAGCCUAGGGGCAUCUAUGUAGUGAAUGGGUAAAAGUGGUUUUAAAGCUGACAAAUCAAGUUUCACAAAUUAAACCAAAUGUUUAAAUCUGAACUCUUAUCCAAUAGCCUGACAUAACAAAUCUCAUUAGAAAAGGUUUUUGGUAGUGAAAGUGGAGGGAUGUAAAAGAACCUUAUUGACUCAGCAGAUGCAAAGAUGGCUUGGUAUGAGAAUAUCACUUUACUGAGUGGUUUAUUUGAUGCGAUUAUAAAAUAUGAAGCACAAGUUUGGAAUAUGAAUCAAAUUCACUGAAAUGUCAAUGCAGAAAUAAACUAGGCAGUUCUGAUUUUGAA